GGGGGGGGGCAGAGAAAGUUGGGAGGAAAUAGCCCAGGAAAAGUGGCACUCGUGGAGCCCGCCGGAGCGCGGAGGAAAUAAAAGCGGCGGCGGGCAGGAAGUGUGAGGAGGAGGAGGAGGAGGAGGAGGAAGGGGAGAAGGAGGAGGAGAAGAAGGAGGAGGAGGAGGAGGAAGAGCCGGCAGAGGCAGCAGCAGCAGCCGCUGCUUUCUCAGAAGAGAAAGCAAAAGCCGCAGGCGGCUCGGUGCCGCCCGGCAUCUGCGGGGUGCGCGGGGCUGCGCGGAGCGGCCAUGGCCCGGGAGAACGGGGACGGCGGCGGCUCCUGGAAGAAGCAGGCGGAGGACAUCAAGAAGAUCUUCGAGUUCAAGGAGACGCUGGGGACGGGCGCAUUUUCCGAAGUUGUUUUGGCUGAAGAGAGAGCUAGUGGGAAACUAUUUGCAGUCAAGUGCAUUCCCAAGAAGGCACUGAAGGGGAAGGAAAGCAGCAUAGAGAAUGAAAUUGCAGUCUUGAGAAAGAUCAAGCAUGAAAAUAUAGUUGCCCUGGAAGACAUCUAUGAGAGCCCAAACCAUUUAUACCUGGUCAUGCAAUUAGUAUCUGGGGGAGAGCUUUUCGACCGCAUCGUUGAGAAGGGGUUCUACACCGAGAAGGAUGCGAGCACCCUGAUCCGGCAGGUCCUGGAUGCUGUCUACUACCUGCACCGAAUGGGUAUCGUCCACAGGGACCUCAAGCCCGAGAACCUGCUUUACUACAGCCAGGAUGAAGAGUCAAAAAUCAUGAUCAGUGACUUUGGAUUGUCAAAGAUGGAGGGCAAAGGAGAUGUGAUGUCCACAGCCUGCGGGACUCCUGGCUAUGUUGCUCCUGAAGUGUUGGCCCAGAAACCCUACAGCAAAGCUGUGGACUGCUGGUCCAUUGGGGUCAUCGCAUACAUCCUGCUCUGUGGCUAUCCCCCUUUCUAUGAUGAAAAUGACUCCAAACUCUUCGAGCAGAUCCUCAAGGCAGAGUACGAGUUCGACUCUCCGUAUUGGGAUGACAUCUCUGAGUCUGCUAAAGACUUCAUUCGGAAUUUGAUGGAGAAGGACCCUAAUAAAAGAUACACCUGUGAGCAAGCAGCACGACACCCUUGGAUUGCUGGCGAUACGGCACUCAACAAGAACAUCCACGAGUCUGUCAGUGCUCAGAUCCGGAAGAACUUUGCAAAAAGCAAAUGGAGACAAGCGUUUAAUGCCACGGCAGUUGUGCGACACAUGCGGCGGUUACACCUCGGCAGCAGCCUGGACAGCACGAGUGCCAGUGUCUCGGGUACCCUCGGUCUCACCACGCCGCUGUCUGAUACAACCACCCGGAAAGAUUCUUUGAUUGUUGAUUUUUACCUCCAGAGUCACAGAGGCCAUCUUUGAUGCCAACAGCAGAGUGCUCUUGCUGGGAAAAUAAAACUAAAAAUCCAGAAAACCUCCAGCUGGCCCCUUAGCCCGCAGAAGAAGGGUGAGGACAGGCUGCCCGUGAACUCUGCGAGCUGAAAGUCAGUGUUGCAGUGGCAGGGGCUUACGCUGCUGAUUUUGCAUGUGACUUCAUUCCUGGUGCAUCCUCACUGCCUGCUGGAUCACCCCUUCUGCAGCACGGAGUGGACAUGCCGCAUGGGGGGAAGCAGGAAUACGGGGAAACCUGGCAGUGAUGCUUUCCUGAGACUGUGUUACCCUGCUGGUGAUGUCUUUUCUGUCCUGGUUGCUCUUGUGCAGGUGCCAUUAGAGUAGUGGGGUCAGAAAAAAUAUAAUUGGAUUUUACGUACUCCUUGUGUGUCUGUUUUGGUUGUGGCACUGAAAUAAAACCAAGAAAUGAUAGAGGUUCAUUCCUGAAAUGAAUUGAACCACAGAAAGGGGUGUCAGACCUCUGGUCAUCAUCUUCAUGUAGUAUGCAAUAGGCAUUGGAUUGGGUUUUGCUCUGUGCGUGUUCCCUGCAUACCUCCGUGGCUACCAACAGUAUUUUUUUCUGUAAGCAGUUGUCCUUCUUUCUGCUCAGCUCCAAGGAGCUUCAGAGCUUGCCCAAAACUAUUUCCCAGCCCCAGAAGCCAACACAACCAGAGGGAUGCCCAAGAAGAGCAGUGUCAGUGGCCCUGAGGCUGCCCCUUCCUUAAACAUGACCUUGGUUUUAGCGAAACAAGCCCCCAGGAAAAGCCAGACAAUUUAGCCAUUGGUGAGCAGGGAGAGUUUUGUCCUGCAAUGUGAAUUUGGAGUCAACUAGAUAAGCUAUAAGGAAAGCUCUGCUAACAUUUCCCCCUAGGGUAACAGCUCCAGGUCUGAGCAGUGCUAGCUAGGUGAACUCUGCUUAAAAACACCAGUCUGACUCUGCCAGCGAGUUCAGGCAGACAGUCGACUGUUGCUUUUGGUUUUUCUAAAGAGCUGAGGGACUCGUACACCUGCAGAAUAGCAGCUUCUAGCCUGAGCCCCGAGGUACAGAAGUAUCUUCCUUUCAGCACAUGGAAAUUGCCAUUUAAGGGGAUUACUUGCAUUCCUGCUCCUAUGCGUGUUUAUCUGGUUGAACUAGAGCCUGGGCGCAUCCCUGAAAUUAUUCAUGGGAAGGGAGUUUUGCCUUCAUUAUUGUGCUUCUUUGCACCAGAAGCGUGAACCACACUCAUUCAAGCAAAAAGCAGAAACACACCCGGAGACUGCAGCAUCCAAGGCAAACAGCAUCAAAAUGGAGCAUGGAGGAUGAGCUAGCAAUGGCUGAGUGCAGGAACCUGCCCACAAGCACUGUGCGAACAGGGUUUCCCCUGGUACAUUGCUCAUCCCUGAUUUCUCGCCCAGCAGCAGUUUUACUCCAUCCCUUUCAUUUCCCCACCUUCCCUGCAGCUGGGUCCUGCCUGUCCACCCCUGCGUGCGUGUGUGUGUGUGCGUGCUCUGGCCCCAGGGAUCGCAGGUCCCACUGCUGGGCAGUCAGGAGCCGGUUCAGGUUUUUUGGUCCAACCUUGUGCUGUUGGGUCAAAGCUGUGUACAUAGUGUUUAUAGCCAAGGAUAAAGGGUUUUUAUCCCAGACUCUGGUUUUCAAGACCCCUUCCCCACCUCAAUGCGUGCCACUGCUCUGUCCAGUUGGUUAUUUUAUUCCUCCUUUUCAUAAACAGUAAGGUCAGAAGAGCAGCUCUUACAUUUUUCCAUGCCCCAGAGCAGAAUCAUGGCUUGUACACUCGCAAGCGCUGAACUAAUGAUGGCACCAAAAUGUCCAAUAAAUGCAUGUUACUGCACUGCAUGUAUUAAACUGCUGUUCACGGUUUCUGUAUUUCCCGAGCCUUUUCUUUAUGCACAUUCGAUCCAGCCUUUUCUUCAAGGGGUUUCUUCUAGAUUUUGCUUUUAAAUGACUUAAUGUAUCUGUAACUUGAAAUCCAUCGUUAAGUUUGAGUAAAUGCAAAAGCUGAUGUUUUGUGAACAAGAUACUGCAAAUCCUGAUAAUGUAUUUUGUCUUUCUGUGGAAUGCUCUGCAGCAUGUGCAGGAAGAGUCACCAUCCAGAGCAGCUGAAAACUAUGCAGCAGUCACGUACACACAUCUAGAAACAGGGAGUCGGGGAGGGCCCCCCUUUGAACAUGAUGUUAAAAAGUUUGGCCUGCAUCUAAAAUACCUUCCCUGGGUUGCUGAUGCUCAGGGCUGCCAAAAAGCACAUCAUUGUGUGUCUUUAGGGUUGUUUUCUCUUUUUUUUUUUUUUGGUUCAUUUUUCUUAGUGAAAACUUUGGCUGGUUUGCUCAAUUCUUAGUAUUUUUCUCUUAGGAGGUAUUUCUUUCUCACCCAUUGCAGAAUGAACUGCAUUUUGUGGACCAAGAUGCUGUGACUAUUUGCCUGCAUGAAAUAGGGCAACGAGCUCAGCUAAUUAUCCCAUCAUUUCUGAAACAUCAAAUACGGAAGCGUCUUCCCCAGCAUCACCGCCUAAAUACUUGCAAUCAGUCCUUAAGCCUCCAUGUAGCCAUGCCACCAUUUAUCCACGGAAGAGUUUGGCAUGGUGCUUCUUCCACAUGGAAAACAUGGCCUUGCCUCGUCUUCCCUUGAUCAUCAUUCCAUUUUCAUGUGUGCUUUCUUUGGCAGGGCAGGGAUGCAGGAAGGCCACGUGUUGGUUUUAGCACAUCUGGCCCAAUCCUUUUGUGAGUGUUGACAGGGCAAUAGUCCCAGCUCCUCCAUGGUCACUGCAUUGGUGUGGAAGGUGUUCGUCUUUUCAAAACUCAACACAAAGGCAUCUGAAAGGGUUGGGAAAUGGUACUGGGCUUGUGGUAAGGGCACGCCAAGUAGAAGGGAUGGAGAGAAAGUGCUGUGUUGGUAGCAUAAGGAGCAGGUAUCAGUCCUUGGAAAUUAUGUCAGGGUUUGUUCCGUGGUGGCUGAAAGCACCAAGAAGUCCUGAGCCCACCUUCAAGGCUGGUGCUCAGUCAGGAUGCUGUGUCAUCACCAAGACACUGCCUGGCAGUGCAAAAAUCAUCAUUAAUGAUAAUUGUAAAUCAGCCCAAGUUCAGGUUGCUGAGACAGCACAUGGCAGGAUGCUCCAUGAGGAGGUGGACCUGUCCUGUGGUUCCCAGUGGGUGGGAGACCCCAGGAGGUGCUCAGAGCAGCCCUAAGCUUUUCCACCUUUCAUCUGCAUCCUGCAAGUCCAGCCUGGUGUUGUGCAUGCUGUGUCUUGCCAGGCCAAGCUGUAGCAUCACCCCCAAAGUGAAGAGCAUGGAAGGUCAUACAUAGCUCAGUGGGAGAUGUGGCUCGACUCCUAUUUCUGGUCAACGCAACAUCAGCACCCUGUUGCUUAUUGGCCUCUAGUUAAGAAACAGCAUUUUGGUCAGUUUGGGUCUUUUUUUUUUUUUUUUUUUUUUUUUUUUUUUUUUUUUUUUAGAGAGGUAUUUGAUUUGGGUCAGCAAACAACCAAAAAAAAAGAAACCAGUCUGCCCAGAGCAGUGACUCCCCAGUGACCUCAACUGCAAAACAUCUCUUGGUCAACUUUUAACGAAAAUGCAAGCAUGUUUUCUACAAAGGCUUAAAUCUUAAUCAAGGAAUGUCAGUGUGCCUAAUAUUGCAGGUCUUGUGAUUGAUACAAGUUCAUAACAGCAUCCAUGUCCAAAAAGAAGGGAGAAUGUGUAUUUACUCCAUGCAUGUAUUAAGGCAUCGCAAAAGUUUUAUCUGCAUAAUGAGUUUGCAAUACUGCAAAUUGUUAAUGGGGCUACAUCGCAAGUGGUUCUCUGCCUUGACAAUCAUGUAUACAUAUCGAGAUUUCUAUCAUAAUGAGAAUUUAAAGGGAUGACUAAUUGUUUUCCUCCAAUAAAUCCAAUUAAAUCA